GUAUUCCGGGCUACGAGCCCACAAACACGGCGGAACCGAUUGCAGGGAGGUUGCUUGAAUUCUCUCAGCUGCGCCCCCUGACCUAAUAGUCGCUGGCACAAGCUGCGCCCGGAGACGUGGGAGCGUUCUCUUGUUUUCCGAGUGCGCAGACUCAUCGGGUCACAGUUUAUGCUUUUAUGACGCGGGAACACAACAGAUUUGAGAAGCCUCGGAUUAAGGAAUAAUUUAUGAAGCUCCGUUGACUACCGUGGAGAGAUCAUAAUUUGGGGUUCAAGAUUCCAGUCUGUGUUUUUGCAGAGGUGCCCUGAGGAGCAGGGAAGCAUGGCUAUUGUGGAUGUAAAAGCCAUGUUCAAGAUAUGCUGUCUAGAUAUGAGACCAAGGAGUUAACUCUUAAGAAUGGCACUUUUGAAAAGGAAUCAUUAAAAUGGAAAAUAAUAGAAAGUGUCAGAAGUUCUUGCCUUGAGGAAUCUUUUUUGGGAAAUGAUUGGAAAUGCAAAGGACUCUUUGAGAGACAACAGGAAACUACAGAGGAAUAUUUUAGGCAUGUAACUGUGCCAUUUGAAAAAAUAUCCGAAUUCAUCCAGCCUACAUAUUUUCUUCUAAAUCAAAUAAUUCAUACUGGAAAGAAACUCUAUGAACAAAAAAAAAAAUGAGAAAAUGUUACUCAACAGGGAAGAAUUCAUAUCAGUGACAAGCUUGACGAAAUGUGUGGGAACACCUCUGUAUUUUGCACAAAUCAUAUGAAACAUCAGACAAAUUUUAAUGCAAAGAAAUGCAAUGUAUUUAAAGAAUGUGGCAGAGACUGCUUGUAACUUUCAACUAACUCAAUAUCAAAUAAGUCAUGCUAAUCAGAAACCCUAUGAAUGUCAGAUAUGUGGAAAGCCCUUUAGAAAGCGUGCCCACCUUACCCAACAUAAUCGAAUUCACACUGGUGGGAAACCAUAUGAAUGCAAAGAAUGUGGGAAAGUGUUUAUCUGUUGUUCAACAUUGAUUCAACAUAAGAGAACUCACACUAGUGAGAAACCCUAUGAAUGUCUGGAAUGUAGAAAGACGUUUAGGCGGAGUGCACAUCUUAUUCGACAUCAAAGAAUUCAUACUGGUGAGAAACCUUAUAAAUGUAAGCAAUGUUGGAAGGCCUUUGCUUCUGUUUCUGAUUUAAUAGACAUCGGAAAAUUCACACUGAUGAGAGACUUUACGAAUGUACAGAAUGUGGGAAGGCAUUUAACAAUCGCUCAACUCUUAUUCAGCAUCAGAGAAUUCACACUGGUGAGAAGUCCUUUGAAUGUAAGGAAUGUGGCAAAGCAUUCAAUAAUUGCUCAACACUUAUUCAACACCAGAGAACUCAUACUAAUGAGAAAUCUUAUGAAUGUCAGGAAUGUAAAAAGGCUUUUAGGCAAAGUGCACAUCUUACUCAACAUCAAAGAAUUCAUACUGGUGAGAAACCAUAUGAGUGUAAGGAAUGUGGGAAGGCUUUCACUUGUGUUUCUGAUUUUAAUAGACAUCAGAGAAUUCACACUGGUGAAAAACCCUAUGAAUGUAAAGAAUGUGGUAGAGCUUUUAACAAUUGUUCAGCUCUUAUUCAACACCAGAGAAUUCACACUGGUGAGAAGGCUUAUGAAUGUAAGCAGUGUGGGAAGGUUUUUGUCUCCUGUCCAACACUUGUUCAACAUCAGAGAACACAUACUAAUGAAAAACCUUAUGAAUGUCAGGAAUGCAAGAAGGCCUUCAAGCAUAAUGCACAUCUAAUGAGAUAUCAGAGAAUUCACAGUGGGGAGAAACCCUAUGAAUGUAAUGAAUGUGGGAAUGCCUUCAUUUGUUUUUUUGAUUUUAAUAGACAUCGGAGAAUUCACAAAGGAGAGAAACCCUAUCAGUGUAAAGAAUGUGGGAAGGUUUUCAAUAAUUAUCCAACUCUUACUCAACAUCAAAGAAUUCAUACCAGUGUGAAACCCUAUGAAUGUAAGGAAUGUGGAAAGACCUUUACUUGGCUUUCAAACUUGAAUAAACAUCAGACAAUUCACACUGGUGACAAACCCUAUGAAUGUAAAGAUUGUAAAAAAGCUUUUCUUUGUUAUUCAACAUUUAUUCAACACUAUAGAACUCAUACUAAUGAGAAACCCUAUGAAUGUCAGGAAUGCAGCAAGGCCUUUAAGCAGAGAGCCCAUCUUAGUCAACAUCAAAAUAUUCAUACUGGUGAGAAACCCUAUGAGUUUAAGGAAUGUGGGAAGGCCUUUGCUUGUUUCCUACCUUAAUAGAAAUCAGAGAAUUCACACUGGUGAGAAACCAUAUCAGUGCAAAGAAUGUAGAAAAUCCUUUAUUGAUUGUUCAACUCUUAACACCAGAGAAUUCACACUGGUGAGAAACCCUUUGAAUGUCAGGAAUGUAGGAAGGCCUUUAGGCAGAGGGCGCAUCUUACUCAACAUCAAAGAAUUCCUACUGGUGAGAAACCCUAUGAAUGUAAUGAAUGUGAGAAGGCCUCUUCUUGUCUUUCAUAGGUGAAAAAGCACCAGAGAAUACAUACAUGAAGGGAUAAAUCUUAUGUAUUUGAAUAGCGUCUUUUUAUUUAACAAUCCUUAUCUAACAUCACCAAAUUCACAUUGCAGAGAAACUUCAGAAAUAUAAGAAAUGUGGGAAACACUUUUACCUGUCCCUCAGCUAUACUUUUUCAUAACAGAAUUUGUACAGGUGAGAAGCCUAAUGAAAGCCCGAUAUGUGUAAAGAUCUACUCUCACAAUAUACUCAACAUUAUAUAAUGUAUAGUGUGAUUAAUAUAGGAAAUCCUUGAUUUUGAAAUUAUUAAUUAUGGAAUAGCAAACAAUUUGUAAGUGAAGAAAAUCCAGUGACUGUAAAUUUUUUUGCCUCAUAAUUCACAAUUUAUUAAGCAUCAGAAUUUAUAUGGAAAAAAUAGAAUAUCAAUUAUUAAUAAAAACAUUACCACUAAAAUUA